AACUGACUACUCUGCGCUGUGUUAAUAUUGUACAUUCGACUAAAUUGUUUCCUAUUCGACAGCUGUUAAUUUGUUAAAAUGAUCAAGCAUUUAGUACUGAUAGCAGUCCUUUUCACUGUUGUAAUCGGUCAGUACACGGGCUGUGACUAUCAGCAAAAUAUGGUUCUGGGCCAGACAUACGACAUAUUUUCGCCAGGAUAUGGAACGAAUCAGCUAUAUCCAUCGGGUAGAAACUGUCGAUGGCGUGCUGUCGCUCCAGCAAAUUGUUUCAUUCGAUUGAAUUGUUUCGAUAUGCGUUUACCUCAAAAUAAUUGCGUUGAUCGAGUGGAAAUGUCUUGGACUGGAACUUAUAAUGAUCCAAAUCCUACAUAUGCGUGCUCGGGACAAACGUUUACUUACACAACAGGAAACCAGCUAGUAGUAGCGUUAAGAUCACAAGCAACAGGAUUCGCCGGAGGAAUGUUUCGAUGCCAAAUAGUUGCUCAACAGUCGACAAACGGUAUUAUUGGUACACCCAUUGGAGUUCCCAUCGGAAAAUGAAUAAAAUUUAAAAGAAAUUUCAUUUUGGUCGUUAUAAACGAGGAGGUUUACUCUAUGACAAUGUUAUACGUAAACAUAAAUGUUUUUGCUUCCUAAUUUAUUUG